AAAUAAAUGAGGCAAAGAGUUCAUAUUCUUUGAAGUGGGGCUUUGUCACGUCCCGAUAUUUCAUCAAAACAUACGUUGCAAACGUAUAACGCAUUUACGGGUUUAUCGGCUGACGCGCGGGAAAAUUCAAACGGUUCCGAAACAAUUAGAAUAUUACCAUAUUACCAUUUAAUUUGCACCGAAUAACUGCAUUAUGAGUCUGAAGAAUUUAAUCAAAUCGGAACACACAUUCUUACCGGCGCCUAUUGCGAAAUGGAACUACAGGUGCAAGUGCAGCCCCUACCUGCAAUCUUCAGACUUUGCCUUGUAUUACCUGUGCUGUGAAAGUUUAUUGUCGGCUUUCGUGUGGUUCAAUUUUGCCAAUUUGGAAGCGGGUCCAAACAUGUCUGAUAAUGUCGCCGAUGCGGUAGUUACACUGUUGUGCACCGAGGAAUGCAGCGGGUGGUAGUGACGCUAAUAAGCAGUGCGCAACGUGAGCACUCGUCGAGUCCCCGACGUCGUACAAGUCGAAGUCCGACUCGUCUAUGCAGUCGCUAUUCGAAGCGAUAACCUCAAAUUAUAUACGGAAGACGAGUCACUUAACGAUUUCUCUUUUGCCGGUUUUUCGCUGUUUCAAGUGAACAGCUGACUCGCGAAGUGAGGUUAUAUUUCCUAUUGUUGCAUGGUUGCAAAAGUGCAGCGAUCUACUAUGCUGGGACGAUCGAAUCUUGGCCACUCAUGAUUAUUGUGAGACGUAUUUUAAAUAAUAAUGGCCAAUCCACAAGCAAAUAAUGGUCAGCUGUUUUAUUGGGGUGGAGGUCAAUCUCAACAAAACAUGGGGUAUUACACGAUACCACCUCCGAACUUUCCACCACCGAAUUUAAAUCAGCCACCACCGCAGUAUGAUGUACCUCCUCCACCUAUGAUGGAAAAUAAGCAUUUCCCGCCGAUUGCACAGUUUCCAGGAGCAUUACCUCCUGUGCCUGCUGCUUACUCUGAUUUGUCAGGACCACCUGGACCUGCAACUUACUCACAAUUUCAAUAUCCAACCCAAAGAGAUCCAUCUUGCAAUCAGAACUUCUGCAUUCCUAAUUAUCCUCCAGCGAUGGCAGGAAAUUUUAAUUGCAAUUGGAAUCCUAGAAAUUCAUACCAUGGUAAUAUGAAUUCCGAUUGGUAUCAAAGUAAUACUACUUCAAAUUGGAAUGCAGGGCAAAAUGAGACAAAUACAACAUGGAACGAAUCAAAUUCUAUGCAAACUGUGGAGAAGAAAGGUUCACAGCCAUGUUAUGAUUUGCAACAAAGUAAUCGAAAAUCAGAAUGGAGAUUUAAUGAUAACUCACCCUCUCGUAGUCAUGCAGAGAUUAAGAAACGUUCUAGGAGUCCUGAGGCCAGACAUAGGUCGAGUAGGAUGAGAUAUAGGUCAGAAUAUGAUUCCAAAGAGAGACACAGUAGAUACAGCAGAAAUAGAUCUAAUACACGAGAUUACUCCCAUGACAGAGGAGAUUCGGAUAGAAGACAGUCAUAUCGAAGGACAGCUACUUAUAGCUCACGAUCCUCUUUAAACCCAGAAAGGCCAAGUAUUCGUAGUCGGAGUAGAAAACGAUCGAGAUCUCAAGAUUCACGAACAUCCAGACCUCGGACACCCAGUAGCAUUGUUCCAGUGAAGUAUAAGGUGCUAACAGAACGAGAACUUCUUUUGGAGAAAUACAGGCGUAACUAUUGUGCUACCAGUAAAGAUAUGGAAAGAAAAAUGGAUGAAUUAUCUGCUAUGGGUCCCGAAGGAAUUUUGGAAAAUGAAAGAAAAGUUUGGACUCGUACAGCUCCUGCUGAUUUGUAUUAUACCAGGGAUGAAAACAAUCCAAAAGUUAUGAGAGGAACGCCAAAGCUAAUUGAAUUAUGUGACAUCUUUAAAAAAUUAUUAAUUGAUCGAGCAGCUUCUGCAAGAGCGCUACAGGCCCCUUACAAACCACCACCUAGAAAAACUAGAGCUCGAUUGUGCAAGCAUAAAUCUGAAGCCUGCAGUAGCUCUUCGUCUGACAGUGAAAGCUCCAUGGAUGAAGACGACAGGACUAUGGAAGAGUUAAUGGCUAAGAAGCAACACCCUCACAGACUUCAUCCUGAAAUGUGGUUCAAUGAUCCUGGCGAGAUGAAUGAUGGACCACUGUGUAGAUGCAGCGCAAAAUCUAGAAGAUCUGGUAUAAGACACGGCAUUUAUGCCGGUGAAGGUGCAAUUAAGCCAUGUGAACCUAAUUCGAAUAACGCUGAUAAAUUAUAUCAUUAUCGAAUAACAAUAAGUCCGCCGACAAAUUUUCUUACAAAAACCCCAACGAUCAUUAAGCACGAUGAGCAUGAAUUUAUAUUCGAGGGUUUUUCCAUGUUGUCGCAUUUCCCUCUUAUGAAGUUACCUACGUGUAAAGUCAUACGAUUUAACAUUGAAUACACUAUCUUGUACAUAGAUGAAAAAUUACCGGAGAAUUUUACGAUUCAAGAAUUGGAUUAUUUUAAGGAUUAUUUAUUUAGCGAAAUCUUGGAGUUAGUGGAUUUUGACUUACACGCAGCAGAGGAUAAUUCUGGGUGCGGUCAGUUUCACUUUAUGCCAAGAUUCGUACGUGAUUUGCCUGAUAAUGGUCAGGAAAUCUUAUCCAUGAAUGAGGUAUUAAAUUAUUUAAUAAAAAGCAGUAGUCUUCUAAUAGAAUCAGAAGAACUGCCACGAUUAGUGGAAAUGCCUCAGUAUAAAUGGCAGAGUUUUGCUGAUGAGGUAAAGGGAAUGGUAGUCACGCAUCCUGGUAAAAAACCAUGUAGUGUUCGCGUUGAUCAGUUGGAUAGGAAUCAGGCAGAUCAACCCCCGGGAGUGGUAACAUAUCCUGAAAUUGUUCACUUUGGAAUAAGACCACCUCAGCUCAGUUAUGCCGGGAAUGCAGAUUAUCAAAAAGCUUGGAGGGAUUAUGUGAAGUUCCGACAUUUACUGGCCAACAUGCCAAAACCAUCAUUCGAGGACAAGCGGAAGUUAGAGGCUAAGGAGAAUAAAUUACAGGAGUUACGUACUCAAAGUAAAAUGAAGAGAGACGUAACGAUAGAUGUCAGUUCGGAAGGCUUUUACAGAACUGGAAUCAUGUGUGAUAUAGUUCAACAUGCCAUGUUGAUUCCUGUGUUAGUCUGCCACUUACGUUUCCACAAGUCCUUGGAUAAUUUGGAACAGAAUCUCGGUUAUGAAUUUAAAAACAGAUAUUUACUACAGUUAGCCCUUACUCAUCCAAGUUACCGAGAAAAUUUUGGUACGAAUCCUGACCAUGCCAGGAACUCGUUAACGAACUGCGGUAUACGGCAACCAGAAUAUGGAGAUCGAAGAAUCCAUUAUAUGAACACACGAAAGCGUGGUAUAAAUACGUUGAUAAAUAUUAUGUCACGAUUUGGUGCAAGAAGGGAAACGGAAUCAUCGAUAGCACAUAACGAGAGAUUGGAAUUCCUCGGAGACGCUGUCGUUGAGUUUCUGACAUCCAUUCAUUUGUUCCAUAUGUUUCCCGAUUUGGAGGAAGGAGGCUUAGCUACAUAUCGAGCUGCUAUUGUUCAAAAUCAGCACCUUGCUGUCUUAGCUAAGAAAUUAUGUUUGGAACAGUACAUGUUGUACGCACAUGGUAGUGAUUUAUGUCAUGACCUGGAACUGAGGCAUGCAAUGGCCAAUUGUUUCGAAGCGUUAAUGGGUUCCUUAUUUUUGGAUGGUGGAAUAGAAGUAGCCGAUAGAGUGUUCGGUGAAACUUUGUUUAAGGAUGAAGACGAUCUUAUGAAGGUUUGGGUCAACUAUCCAAAACAUCCUCUGCAAGAGCAAGAACCUACCGGAGAUAGACAGUGGAUUCCGAGCUUUGAGCUAUUACAGAAAUUGACCAAAUUUGAAGAGUCGAUCGGUAUUGAGUUCAACCACAUACGUUUACUUGCUAGGGCUUUUACCGAUCGCAGUAUCGGAUAUACAAAUUUAACCCUAGGUUCUAAUCAACGUUUAGAGUUCCUAGGUGAUACAGUAUUACAAUUAAUUGUUUCCGAAUAUCUGUACAAAUUUUUCCCGGAGCAUCAUGAAGGGCAUUUAUCUCUUUUACGGAGUUCUCUCGUCAAUAACAAAACACAAGCUGUGGUGUGCGAUGAUCUGGGCAUGACUUGGUAUGCUUUGUAUGGUAACCCAAAGGCUGAAUUGAAAACGAAAGAUAGAGCUGAUCUGCUUGAAGCCUUUUUGGGGGCACUUUAUGUAGACAAGGGGUUGGAAUUCUGUCAUGUUUUCUGUCAUGUGUGCUUCUUUCCUCGUCUCCAAGACUUUAUUAUGAAUCAAGAUUGGAAUGAUCCCAAAAGUAAAUUGCAACAGUGCUGUUUAACUCUGAGAACAAUGGACGGUGGUGAGCCUGAUAUACCGGUAUACAAAGUGAUUGAAUGUAAGGGGCCAACGAAUACACGAGUAUACACAGUUGCUGUAUAUUUCCAAGGGAAACGGUUAGCAAAAGCAUCAGGUCACAGUAUUCAAGAAGCUGAAAUGAAUUCCGCCAAAGAAGCGCUUGAAAAAUCUCAAGAUUUGUUCCCUCAACUGGAUCAUCAGAAACGUGUAAUUGCGAAAAGUAUGAAAAUGCAACAUUGGUCUAGUAAACAGAAGUCUCGUGGAAAGCCGACGAGACCUGCUGAUAGAUCUGAUGACUCUGACUCCAGUCAAAACCGUAAAAGAAGAAGUCGUAGUAGAGAGCGAGAUGUAGUAGAUAGGCGGUCCAGGGAUCGUUAUGACAGUUCUGAUCGUAGGUGGAAAGAAAUGGAUAAGAGCGGGGACAGACAUCGAAGUCAUAGAGACAGUUCUUCAAAACGGAAGGAAGAAAAAUCAGAGCGUACAGCUCAAAGCACAAUACAAAAGGAUUCAACAGAUAACGGGAAUUCAUACAGAGAUCGUGAUCGUAAAGAUAAAAAUUCAGAUAAAAAAGCACAGAGUUCCGAUAACAAGUCUAAUGUAGAGACUAAAAAGUAUGACCGUAGCAAAUCUAAUUUUUCUAAGUGUGAAAAUGAUCACAUACCUUCAGCUGCUGGUCAGUGUAACAGAAAUCAUACAAGUCUUGAAGUUCAAGAUCAAGAUGACGGCUCUGAUCAGUUGUGUUAUAGAAAUGAUAGAAAACGGAAACACUCAAUGGACAAGGCUAGAAUUAGUAGCGACGAUGAAGCCAUUGUGGAGCAACAGAAAAAUAGUAGGUUUCAAUCAGAGAAAAGAGCAAAACCAUAAAAUAUAAAUCAAUUUAUAAUUAUUAUUGUAAAGUACAAGUUAGUACGAUAUGAUUUUACAAGUAUCAUGAAUGUAUUAUACAAUUGGGCCAUCUUACUGUGAAUAAAAUUUUUUUUAUUCUACUUUA